CUACUAUUUAAUGGAUCGUUCUGUAUACUGCAAAAUUCAAUGCAGAUAUCAAACUUUUGUCGCUCUAUACCUUCAAUUUUAAAUUAAUGGCGGUUGAAGCAACGCAUCCCAAUUUGUUUCCUUCGCAAUUUGUUCAACACAGAGAGAGUUUUAUGAAUCCUCCUCACGAAGGCCACAAGUUUCAGGCGAUUCCAUUUCCGGUAAAUCAGCAGUUUGUUUCCGAAUCUAAAACUUCGAUUAAUAGCCUCACCCCCAAUAUUCCGGCUACCAGAAAGCGAUCUAGAGAUGAAUUCUACACUUGUCAAUUAUUCGGUGAAAACAUCUUGCCUCAAUUCCAGCCGCAGAUCGACUCCUUAAUUCAUCAACAUACGAUGAAAAUCCGAUGGGAAUUGAAGCAGCAGGCGAAGAUGGCAGCGACGAGGAUGGGAGAAUCGAUGGCGAAGACGCUGCGAGAGAAAGACGACCAGAUCGAGAAAAUGGAGAGAUUGAAUUUGAUGCUUGAGGAAAAGGCGAAAGGCCUCUACCUUGAGAACCAGUUGUGGCAGGAGACGGCACGGGCCAACGAGGCGGCGGCGAAUUCCCUCCUGCACGCGCUAGCUCAAUUUAGAGGUGCAGCAGCGGCGGUGGAGGAGGAUGUGGAGUCGUGCGGCAGCUGCUGCGAUGAGACUGAGAGGAGGAUGUGCCGGAUUUGCGGGGAGAGGCAGUGCUGCGUGGUAGUGCUGCCGUGCCGCCACCUCUGCCUCUGCAGCGGUUGCGGAAGCGGGCUCCACCACGGCUGCCCCGUUUGUAAUGCUAGCAUGACCGCCACGCUGCACAUAAACAUAUCCUGAAAUUAAUCAUCAGACCAACACACGCGCACACGUUUAAAGGAAAAACGAUAGAUUUAGAUUAAGCGAUAUGUAUUGCAUUUUUUUUGUUGAUUUUCUUUUGGUGGUGUUUACAUCAAAUUCAAUAUUCAAUUGUUAAUACACAAGAUUUUCUAUC